AUGAUGAAAUGGGGAAGAAAGAAACAUGUUCCUUCUUCUUCUUCUUCUUUUUCUCGUGCUCAUCUUUUUUCCUGGUUUUCAAUGUUAAGUGUUUCUUCUUACUUGAAACAUGCAAAGGAGAAGAAGCAAGAUGAUGAAGCUAGCCAGAAGAUGUCUGCAAAAUCUUCCUUGGGUUGUACUGAACGUCGAAACGAUGUUCAUGAGAGCAGCAAAAGGUUACAGAAAGCAUCAGUGGAAAAGGAGAACGAUGCAAUAAGAUCAGCAGAUAUGGAGUCAAAUGAGAAGUUUAAAGCAAGAGAGACGCGUGGCUUCCUAGAAGUAGAGGCAAUGGAAAGAGACAAAGGAACUGUGAUCAUGACGCCAAGGAUUCAAGUGAAGAGAGAUAAGAAGAGAUUCGAGAGACGUGACCAAAAGCUUCUCAAGGAGUCAGGGGUCAUCAAGGUGCAAAAAUCAGCCACUAGAAGCUACAGUAGUAGAGAAGAUAUUGUGAAGCUGAAGGAAAUAAAACUAAGGCAAGUGAAGCUGAAGGCUGACCAACAGAGGAAAUCUAUGUACCUAAGAAGGGAGCUAGGAGCAAAAGGAAACAGCAAGGUUAGAGUCUUUUCACCAAGAUCAUGCAGAGUUAAAGCAAUUGAAGACUUGAAGAAGGCUAAACUGAGAGCUCGAGAGCAUGAUGGAGGAGGAAUAAGCUAUGCAGUGGUGAAAUGCUCGAGCGAUCCUCAGAAGGAUUUUAGAGAUUCAAUGGUGGAGAUGAUCAAGGAGAAUGGUAUAAUCAACCAACCUGAAGAACUCAAAGAGCUUCUUGUUUGUUAUCUUACACUUAACACCGAUGAAUAUCAUGACAUGAUCAUCAAUGUGUUUAAGCAGGUUCAAAUUGGUUUAAGUUUAAUGUUGGGGGUGGAUUUACAUCCUCUCUCAAGGCCCAUUAGACAAUAAGCUAGGCCCAUUUGACUAGAAAGCCCUAGGCUUCACCCUUGUAUAAAUAAGGAGACACUUCUCUUUAGCAAGGGGAUCUCUCUCUCAUUCUUAUAUUUUGAACACUUCUUGUAGAGAUUCAUAGAUUCACUUUACAUUUCAUAUCAUUUUGUAAUGAAUCUAUGAUCAAUAAAAUCUAUUUGAUGUUCUAUUUCUAUUUGAUUUCUUUGUUGAUUUCUCCUAAACCUCGAGGAUUUAAGAAUUCAAUUCUUAAAUCUUUUAUUGUUAUGAUUCUACAAAUACACCAUUUUUGGAUCAAACAGUUGGCGCUAGAAGGAGGGGGCCAAAGAGAACUAUCAUCAAAGCUUAUCAAACUUGGGAAAUCUUAGAUCCAAGAUGAACACAAAAAAAAGAGAAAAAAAAAAAUCGACUCUUACCUCUCUUUCCUCUUCGAUUCUGAAAACACUCAGGAGCCUGCAGAGCUUUCUCAUCCUCGGUGAACCUGCAAUCUAGCUUCACUUCAAGCUAUGUUCCUCUUCCUCGCCUUCAGCUCGGUUCCAAGCUCUACGGUUCCAGGCUCGUGGCUGCUGCAAUCACUUCGACAAGAUUUUAAUCUUGGAAAAGCUCGUGACUUUAUCUUGGUGAGAGCUUGUUACUGUGAUUCCAUCUCGGCAUCUCAUCUUCAUGGGUGGGUGACUAAGUCGUCAAUACGUUCCUCCACCACGACGUCGAAUUCAACCAUAUCCACAAUGAAACUCGCAAACAAGACCGACUUUGCCGACCAGAAGACCUCGACAUCCUCAUUUAGGACCCUGUUCCGUUCCUUCCUCUGGCUCAGUAGCCUGCAGAGCUCUCUCAUCUUCGGUGAACCUGCAACCAGAAGAUCUCGCCACAGUGGUGGUCCCUGGAUAAAGGAUGAAGCUUUCUCAUGAAAGCUUUGCUUGGGACUUUGAUCGAACACUUGGUGAGCUCUUGAGAGAAGCUAGCCGGGAUCAAGUCUUUAUCCCGACGACAAAGCCACACACGAACAGAUCCAAGAUCUUGCUUUGCCUCAAGCAUCUUUCCCGACAAGUGAUACUGACCAUAACAGGUCAAAGUUCGAGACUUUCUUCAACCUACAUGGAAGCUUUGCUUUUGAUUCUCGAUGCUGGAGAAGCUUCCGGAAUCCGCCGGUGAAGUUGGCCGCAUCUCGCCCGCUUCUGCGCAAAGGUGCCGAUCAAGAGCUCCUCACCUCCAGACCAGAGAACUUCAAAGCUUCUUGGACCUCGGUUCCUGUCUCUCUCUGUGCUCCAGGCUCGUGGCUACUGCAAUCACUUCGACAAGAUUUUGAUUUUGGAAAGCUCGACACUUUAUCUCAGUAUCCGUCAACAGCAUCAAAGCUCGAGGCUUUAUCUUGGCAAAGCUCGAGUCUUUAUCUCAGCAUCUCGUUCAAAAGAUGACGAACUGUUUAAACAAUAUGUGCUUCUCCAACAACCGGUGAGGUGACAUCUCAGCAUUACGAUUCUUCAAGCUGUUCAAUCUCAGAAAGGAGUAGAAGAAAACAGAGAACAUGACCAGUGCGGUGUCUCUUCACGGUCAGCUCAUGGUCAUCUACUUCAAAGAACAAAUGUCAUCUCCAACAACUAGUAACAACACGUACUCAAAGAUAAGUGUUUUAUAACUUCUAUGAGAUGGCCAUAUCAUUAUUUUAUUGCUCGUAACGAGCUCCACCGCUUGCUUAAAUAAUUAAACAACUCUAAGUUGUCCAUUGGCUCACGUUAUUGCUUUGCUGUUGGUAGCCAUAUGAUAUUAAUAAGUUGACAAUGAUUGUAUCAUCAUGUGCAACUCACAAGCACAAGUAAUAACGAGUUCCACGGCUUGUUUAUUAAUUAUGCAAAGUUGGUUAUCUCUUUUGGUUUAUACUGGCCUAAUCAUGAUAAUUCUUUUGGUUAUAUCCAGAAUCAAUUACAGUCGUGGAGUGCAGCAAAGCCCUCAAGCCACGCUUUCGAACUCAAGCCAUGCUUGCUCAAGCUCAAGUUCAUCGCAACUCAGGCGCUUACAGUUCAUUUUCGUCGGUCAUGUCAUGUUACCAUGACGUGUUCCCAAACACAGCGAUUACACCAUUAUCACCAAAUCGUCCUCAGCAGAUGUGUGACAAGCAGCACAAGCCGGCGCUUCUCAACGUCAUCAUAGCCUGACGAACACACAAGCCAACAAUUUGCUCGGUAUACACGAUCUCAACACGAGACUUCGGGUCGACAAUAGUUCGGUAAACGUGUAUUCUAGGCACAAGUUUAAAUUGAACUUGCUUUUUAUUAGGCACGAGUUUACGGUCGACUCGCUUAUUGUUAGACACGAGUUUACAAAAACUCGCCUUUGGCUAGGCAUGAAUUUACAGAAACUCUCCUUCUACUAGGCACGAGUUCUCAGUAAAUUCGCCUCUGUCUCAGCGUGAGUCCAGUAAACUCGUCUUUCAUUAAGCACGAGUUUAAAGUAAACUCGCCUUCUACUAAGCACAAGUUCAAACUAAACUUGCCUAAGUCGUCACAGGCAUGAAUGUGUCUAGUUAAUUGUCUAAUAAACCCUAUUCGUGAAAUUCACAGAGAUCGACUUCAUCUCUCUCUACGAACUUGGGGGGACUUACUGUUGGGGGUGGAUUUACAUCCUCUCUCAAGGCCCAUUAGACAAUAAGCUAGGCCCAUUUGACUAGAAAGCCCUAGGCUUCACCCUUGUAUAAAUAAGGAGACACUUCUCUUUAGCAAGGGGAUCUCUCUCUCAUUCUUAUAUUUUGAACACUUCUUGUAGAGAUUCAUAGAUUCACUUUACAUUUCAUAUCAUUUUGUAAUGAAUCUAUGAUCAAUAAAAUCUAUUUGAUGUUCUAUUUCUA